AUGGCUGGUAAAGGAAUCGGCUGUUUGGCUGAGGCCAUGGGUGCUCUAAGAGUGUCGGCCAAGCCGGCGACACUCAAUCAGGCCUUCACAAGGUCAAUGGCCACACAAGUCUCUUCAACGGCUACUUCGACCGAAACACCCAAGUCUAACAACACCACUCAGGGUAUCCUAGAGUCAUGGAAGCCCAUCACAACUGUUCCCGUCACAAUCCACGAUUUCCCCUCUCUGGAACCCAUGUCGCUCGAGCGAUGGUCCGUCAACCACCUGUACCUCCCUCUCCGUCGAGAUCUCCUCCACCUUGCCGUUGUCUACGAGGGUGACAACACCCGUCAAGGUACCGCAUCAUCCAAGACCCGUCAUGAUGUCCACGGCUCCCACCGCAAGAUGCGCCCCCAAAAGGGAACUGGCCGUGCCCGUAUGGGAACCAAGCAGAGCCCCAUCAACCGUGGUGGUGGAAAGACAUUCGGUCCUCAACCUCGUGAUUUCGGCACAAAACUUAACCGCAAGGUCUACGACAAGGCCUGGCGAACGGCUCUCAGCUACCGAUAUCGAAAGGGCGACUUGAUUGUGUGUGAGGAUGGCAUGGACCUUGAGUUGCCAACCGACUUCGAGCUUGUUGCUGGAAAGUACCUCAAGGAUGGACUGAAGGAGACUUAUCUCAAGCGAUACAUGACUGGAGUGCUGGGCAACCUUGGUUUGGGUCGUGCCAGCGGUCGAACCCUCUUUGUCACCGGAAACCGACGCGAGGCGCUCUUUGGUGCUAUGGAGCAGCUCCCCUGGGAGGGUCGAGCUUUGGACAUGGAGGAUGUGGACGUCAAGGAUCUUUUGGAGACAGGCAAGGUGGUCUUGGAGCGAAGCGUGCUCAAGGAGUUGAUUGAACAGCACCAGAGCGACUUGGUGAGCAGAGUUGUUAUGCAAGGCCUCGUCAAGGGCGGACCCGAGAUAGGGACACCGGUGCUCGGGGCUUGA